GCGGGGUGGGGCCGGCGGUCCUGAGGUUCGAGUCCCCGGUGGAGGCGGCGCCUGGCGGCGGAGUCCCCGCGGGAUACGGGCUGCCAUCCGUUCCCUCCACCGGCCCGGCACAUGCUGGUGCGCUGCCAGCUGCCGAACCUCCUGCCCCGACUCUGCGCCCUCCGCCCCAGCCUCGCCAUGAGCAGCGCUACCGGCACCUUCACCACCGACCAGCCCCUCAACUACCGGGCGGGCGCCCGCGUUCGGCCCGUGGAUAGCGGCCCGACGGAGGACGUGUACGAGCCGGCCACAGGUCGUGUGAUAAGCAAGCUGCUCUGCUCUGGGGAGAAGGAGGUGGAUCUGGCUGUGCAGAGUGCAAAAGCUGCCUUUAAUGUAUGGAGUCAGAUGUCUGGCAUGGAGCGGAGCAGGGUGCUGCUGGAGGCUGCCAGAAUUAUUCGGGAGCAGAGAGAAGAAAUUGCCACCUUGGAAACCAUCAACAAUGGGAAGUCCAUCUUUGAAGCCAGAGUGGACAUCGACGUAUCCUGGCAGUGCCUGGAGUAUUACGCAGGGCUGGCAGGAUCUCUAGCUGGUGAACAUGUCCAACUUCCCGGGGGAUCCUUUGGGUACACUCGUAGAGAGCCCCUCGGGGUGUGUGUUGGGAUUGGAGCCUGGAAUUACCCGUUCCAGAUUGCCUGCUGGAAGUCUGCCCCGGCCUUGGCUUGCGGUAAUGCGAUGGUCUACAAGCCCUCUCCCUUUACCCCCAUUUCAGCGGUGAGGUUGGCAGAGAUCUACACAGAGGCUGGUGUGCCCAAGGGGCUCUUCAAUGUGGUGCAGGGCGGAGUGGCCACAGGCCAGUUCCUCUGUCAUCACCCAGAUGUGGCCAAAAUCUCUUUCACUGGCAGCGUGCCAACUGGCAUCAAGAUCAUGGAGAUGGCAGCUAAAGGGAUCAAACCAGUCACCCUGGAGCUGGGGGGCAAAUCCCCCCUUAUAAUCUUUUCAGACUGUGCCUUGGAGAACGCCGUGAACGGAGCCCUCAUGGCCAACUUCCUCACGCAGGGCGAGGUGUGCUGCAAUGGCACGCGGGUGUUUGUGGAGAGGAAGAUACUGGAUGUCUUCACAAAGGAGGUGGUGAAACGCACCCAGAAAAUUAAAAUUGGAGACCCGCUUCUGGAAGACACACGGAUGGGAGCCCUCAUCAACCGGCCUCACCUGGAUCGUGUCCAGGGCUUUAUCAAGCAGGCAAAGGAGCAGGGGGCAGAGGUGCUCUGUGGUGGGGACCUGUAUGUACCAGAUGAUCCGAAGCUGAAAAAUGGCUACUACAUGCGACCCUGUGUGUUAGGGAACUGCAGGGAUGACAUGACGUGUGUGAAGGAAGAGAUCUUCGGGCCUGUCAUGUCCAUUCUGCCCUUUGACACGGAGGAGGAGGUUGUGGAGAGAGCCAACAACACCAAAUUUGGCCUGGCAGGUGGCGUCUUCACAAGGGAUAUCCAGAAGGCUCACAGGGUAGUAGCUGCUCUCAAGGCUGGGAUGUGCUUCAUUAACAACUACAACAUCAGCCCCGUGGAGCUGCCUUUCGGAGGAUACAAGGCAUCAGGAUUUGGCAGAGAGAACGGGCGCGCAGCCAUAGAGUACUACUCGCAGCUGAAGACUGUCUGCGUGGAGAUGGGUGAUGUGGAAUCUGUGUUUUAGUGGCUCUGGGGCCUGCUCAAGGAACCACCAGCCAGUUCUUGCCUGUCAGCCAGAGAUGUGGAUCAUUUGCACAGCGAUAACGUGCUCUAAAAUUCAAAGUGCCUGGGAGGGGAGCGUAGCUGGAGCAGCAGAGUAGGGAGCACAACUAGAGUGGUAGCAAGCUCAAGCAUAGGAUAGAGCGCUGCCUCUCUUGAGUGAAAGCUAUUUGACAUCCUUACUAUAGGCCUACUGUUCUUUAUAAUCAUAACAAAGCAACAAGUUUAAAUGUUUGCCCACAUCUUUUUUUUAGCAAAUAAACACUAACUCUGUUUGCAACA